AAAAAAAAGGAUAUUUAUUAUAAAAGAUUUCACUUGAUCAAUUUCUCUUCAUCAAAUUUUUUGAAAUAUAAAAAUUUACAAGAUAUUUAUUAUUAAUUUAUUUCACGCAAAUGGAUCAGAAUUAUAGUGAUAGUGAUAUUAACAAUUACCCCAAUAGCUUACAGCAUGUAAGUUCAACUUGCAACUACACCGAUUCAUUUUAUGAGGAUGAUACUGUUGUUCCGAAUAAUGAACAAUCGUCUUCUUACGCCGCACAAUAUAUUGAUGAUAACGAAGAUAUCAAUAGAUUCGACUAUACUGAUUCCACUGUCAGCUCUUCUCCCUCUACCACGGAUAAUGCUAAUUUCAAUGGAUUCAAUAAUAAUAUUGGAUUUAACAAUAAUAUAAACGUAACCUCAACGUCUUACAACUGUAUUAAUACAACUAUUUCAGAUAAAAACAAAUUGUUCCCUAACUUUGAUGACACACAAUAUAUUGAUAAUAAUGACAAUUUCAAUAAUAAUGAUCAUUCAAAUGAUUUACGGGUUCCAACUUCUUACAACUCUGAUUCCACUAUUCCAAGAUAUGGCAUACAAUACAUUGACGAUAAUGCUGGAUUUAACGAUAAUGGAUUCAAUAACGAUACUUCAAAUGGUUUACACCAAACAGAUGUAACGUCAAUUGCUCCGUAUAUUGAACAACCAUUCAUGUCUUCCAACACUUAUUAUUGCGCACAAUGUUCCGAUAGAGCCCAAACCUUUAAAUUUGAAAUUCCUGGAUUCGAAAUAAUUGUAAGACCAAAAAAAUCUUAUUAACAUCAAUUUUAAAAAAAGGAUCUUUUAUCUUUAUUAUAUCAACACAUUAUAUAAUUUAUUAAAUAUCAG